ACGUAGUAAGGAGCGCGUGCGUAAGGAGCGCAGCCAGCUGCUCUUCAGGAAGGAAGGAACUACACGCAGACGAUUUAAACGUGCGCACAAUCCUCUUCUCUGCAAAUGUUAAAGAGAAACAACUUUUAUUCAUUAAAAGGAUUGAUUCAAGUGUUCUGUUGCUAAUAAAAAACGCUUAGACGACGAAUGAUUUCAUCGUAGAAAUAAGAGAAAUAUAAAAUGGCUAGCAGCUAAAAACUGAUAUGCUGUGGCCACAAUGUCCAAAAAAGAAGAUUCGAGAGUAAAGAAAGGUUCUCACCAAACUGAACUUUACGCAGAGGUCCCUUCAACAUGCCUGCCUAUUGUCUAUUCCCCAGAGUACAACAUCACCUUUAUGGGUCUGGAAAAGCUGCAUCCCUUCGACGCUGGCAAAUGGGGCAAGGUCAUUCACUUCUUGAAAGAGGAGCAGUUCAUCACCGAUGAGGUCAUUGUUCUAGCCCGGGAGGCCAGCGAGGCGGAUCUUCUAGUGGUUCACACUGCACGUUACCUGAACAGACUCAAGAACGCUAUCUUGGAGGGCUCCAGAGAGUGGUCGCUGGUGGUUGCCACCAUCACAGAAAUCCCACCUCUCCUGUUCCUGCCCAACUUCCUGGUACAGCGCAAAGUUCUAAAACCUUUGAGAACACAAACAGGAGGAACCAUUAUGGCUGGAAAGCUGGCAAUGGAUCGAGGAUGGGCAAUAAAUGUGGGAGGAGGCUUCCACCACUGCUCUAGUGACAAAGGAGGAGGUUUCUGUGCCUACGCUGACAUCACACUGGCUAUCAAGUUUCUCUUUGAGAGGGUGGAGGGAGUUGUCAGGGCCACCAUCAUCGAUCUAGAUGCCCAUCAGGGAAACGGCCAUGAGCGGGAUUUCCUGGAAGACAGACGCAUUUACAUAAUGGAUGUCUAUAAUCGCCACAUCUAUCCAGGAGAUGGAUAUGCAAAGAGGGCGAUUAAACGAAAAGUGGAGCUGGACUGGGGCACAGAAGACAUGGAGUAUCUACAGAAGGUGGAGCUCCAUUCAGAAGGGGCGCUGAAUGAAGUGAAGCCAGACAUCAUCAUAUACAAUGCAGGCACAGACAUUCUUGAUGGAGACCCUCUCGGAGGUCUGGCUAUAUCCCCACAGGGUAUCAUAAAGAGAGAUGAGAUCAUCUUCAGGGCAGCCCGUCGAAGAGGAAUCCCCAUCCUUAUGGUGACGUCAGGGGGCUACCAGAAGAAAACCGCUCGUAUUAUUGCUGAUUCCAUCUUGAAUCUGCACAGACAGGGUUUGAUUGGUGAAGAGGCUGUAGAAGCAUGAAAUCUUCAAACACCUGCUGGUUUAUUGUUCGAAAGCCUCGCCACAACCGGAGAAGAUUAAUAUUGAAAGCAAAUGCUGAGCAGCAGGACAAAUGCGCUGGAAUCAAAUCCAUGACCUUGGCUUUGUGCCAGUUGAGCUGGAUGCCCAUGACGUGGAUAUGAUUUCAAAAGAACUGAAGGGUGUGAUACUGGGUUGGCCGUUGCAGAUUGAUGUCAAAGUGAUUGGAACAGCUGGGCCUUCUAACUGGGCUUGAUGCCAGCUCUCACACAUCAGCUCUCAAAAGACAGUCCAUCACCCUUGAUAAGUGGCACCUGGAUGAGGCCUGGAGUGCAGAGAUUCAAUCUGUGAGAGCUAUUAUUAAAAUCCUGUCAGGGGGACUUUCCUGUUGGCCAACGUUACGGUACCUUGUUUUCUCCCACAUGUCAGUUUGUUUUUCUUGUUUUAGCAUCACCACACCCACGAGAAGCAUCAUAGUUUUCUGAUAAUUCUGCUGACAUAAUGCUGGUUCGUUGAUAGUACAUCAUUCUGACUUGUUUGAAAUGGAAAUGGAAGCAAAGAAAGAUCUGAUCCUGAUUGCCUUUAAAUGACUAAUGGACAUAACCUUUCAAGUGGUGAUUUGUUUUGAAGGUGUUGUCAUGCUGUUGUAAUUCUGACAUCAGGUCUGUUUUUGAUAUAAAGGUUGUUUCAGGGCCAGUUGAAAUAUCCUGCUUGCAUUUGUACCCUGUAGUUUGUUUUCCAGCUGUUCUGAGGAAGCUACUUCUAAGCUAGCCUACUUCGCUACAACCUAAAUGAGUUCAAAUACAGCAGAGCUACUAUUCAAAAAUAACCAUAUUUAAGUAUUUUGCCUCAAUACAAUUGCAUGGGGUUUGAAUAAAACAGUUAAUCGUA